AUGGCUCAGGAGCCCUGCCGGGAGGCUGGACAAGCCAAGGGAGGGGCUCUCUCUUCUCCGGUGGAUGAAGAGCUGGGCAGCAGCCACCUGAGUCCUCCAGCUGGCACACCGGCCGGCCGGGUGGGCCCCGAAUGCCUCAAGGACACCAGGGCCAGCUCCCCACGAGGGGACCUGCAGUCGGCCGCCGAGUCCCUGGACCCGCGCACCCUGCGGCUGCUGCUGGGGCAGCGGGAGCUGGAGAUCCGGGCUCUGCGGUGCGCCCUCCAGAAGGGGCGGGAUGCCCGGCACUGCCGCAUCCUGCAGGAGGUGGCGGGGGUUCCGCUCCAGAGGAGCACUCGCAGCCUGGACAGGCUCCUGCUGACCCAGGUGCAGAAGUUGACUCUGGAGCUGAAAGAGCAGAAAAAACAGGCUCAGCUGGAGAAGGAACGCCUGGAGGAGGAGCUGCUGCGGACCCAGGCCGCGCUGCAGCAGCGGGAAGCUGAGCUGCACGCACUGCAGAGGUCCUGCCUGCGGCAGCUGGCCUGCUCCUCCUGGGUGGGCCGCAUGCUCAGGUCGUCCACGGGCAGCGUGGAGGUGGUGCCCACGGAGGCCCUGAUAGACCCCAGCGACUCCUCUGAGAACGAGGGAGGCACCCCUGCUCAGGAGGGUUUCCGGCUAGAGGACGUGGACUGGAACACCAUCGCCCACCGGUACCCCAACCUCUUCGCCAACAUCAAGCCGAGCUCGGAUUACAGGCACCCCUGGCCCCGGACGCCCCCGCAGCCGCCCGCGGGCUCGCCGCCUGACCAGUGUGGCCCGGAGCUGUGCAGGAGACGGCACCGUCUCAGGAGCGUGGAGUGGAGCUCCCCGCCCUUUGGGGGCCCCGACAACUCCAGGGGCGCCAACUCUGACUCUAGCAGCCGCCAGCUGGACGAGUGUUGGGGCGUGCAGGUGACAGGGAACCCGCCCCGGUCGCCAGGCCACAUUUCUUUCCAGAACAUAGUGGCACCGGCCAGGAGCUUCAGCAGGGACUCAAAGGCAGAGCCUGAAGGCCCUCCAGAACAGGAGAUCUCUCUGGAUCUCGGGGAAGCCCACUCAGACCGGCCGGGUGAGGCAGCAAAUGCCGCCCUCUGGCCUCCCGCGCACCCCUGGAGUCCCAGCAAGACAGGCUCCUGCCUGAAGAUCGUGGCCGUGAAUCAUCACGAGGGGUUCGUCUGCAUCUUCAACGAGUCCACGGAGGAGACAGUCAAUCUGGGCGGCUUCGUGCUGCAGCAGUUUCUGCGCGACAUCCCCGUGUGCAUGUACCGCUUCCCGCCCGACACGCUGCUGGAGCCGCGGCACCACAUCACGGUAUGGGGCGAGGGGCCUGGCGGCACCAAGAAGCAGCUGCCCUCGUCCGAGGACCGGAAGCCUGCCCACUUCCACCCCAGCCCGAGCAUCGUGACACUUCUCCUGAGCCCCAAGGGCGAGAUUUUCAGCAAGUACCAGGCCCCGCACUGCGCUGUCCCCGUUUCGAGGAUCUUCGACGACAACACCGACCUGUCCAUCGACAGCUUCCCGCUUUCAGAGACCCAGCCCAGGGCCGACGCUCGCAAGCAGCGGCGCCCGUCCCGACCCCCACGCAACGGUCGGGGGCGGGAGGGGGUGUCUGUGCCGCUGGAGCGCGCGGAGGCCGACGACGCGGGGAAGCUCCUGCCCGCCGUCCCCAGUGAGCGUGCGUGGGAGGCCGGCAGGGAGGGGAGGCCGGCCCGACACCUGCCAUCACUGUCCCACGCAGAGGGCGCUCUGGGCCUCGUGGACUGCCGGGCUAGGAGGGAGCCCCGGAUCCGGGUGUGUCGGAAGAGCGUGGACCGGGGCUGCCCGCUGGUGGCGCUGUCGGUGCAGAGCAUGGCCGAGAGCAGGUUCGGUUUCCGCUUCGGCGGCUGCCCUCCCAUCGCCGCGGACACCGACGGGUGUAGGCCGGGCAGUACCGGCGUCUGCACUCGCCGGCCGGCUGCGUGA